CUAUUUUUCAUGUUCGAUUUAGCAUAAAACUUUCUGAGUUUAUACAUCGGCGCUUUAAGCUAAAAUUUGUGAUAUUUUAAAUUAUGCUAAUAAGAAAGAUUGUGUUAAUAUGAUUUGUUUUACUUGAUUUUAUUUGUAAAUAUUGCUUAAAUAUAAGUAAUAUCGAAGAUAUGGAUUCGUCUUGCACACGUUUCACGGCAGCUGAAGGCGGUGCUCGCUUAGCAGCAUGUGCCGGUACAAAGAACAUACUGGUGACCGAGCAUACUUCUUUUAUAUCAACGAGUGUCUUGAUGGAACACGCAUACAAAAUAAGAGGGUUAAUGUCUACCGGAUGUAAACGUUCAGUGUAUAUAACAAGAGCAUCCCGUAUCGAGUGUACUGCCCAUGAGUUAUCGAUACUCACAGAUCUGUCUGUGUCGAAAGCUCUCGUGUUUGACGAUGUGGAUGAUUGGAAUGAUACGUUGGAACACAAAGAGGUACUUGUGUGCACUUCGAUAGUCAUAAAAACUAUAUUGGAAAAUGGUUUAUUGACUAUACCAGGCAUAAAUGUCUUGAUAAUUGACAGCUGUCAUUUGAUAUUCAAGGAUCAAAAUCUACAAUAUGUGAUGAAACUUUACAAGGAAUGUAACGAAGACAUUAGACCGAGGAUCCUCGCUCUAACCUACCCACUGUUCACGGCACCCGGUAACACAAGCGACGGCACAGACACUGUAAAUAUAGAUAAAACAGAAAUAGAUAAAGAUACAGAGGUCGAUGAUAAAGAUAGAAAUGUGGAGAGCGACGAUGACCUUGAAAUAGCCAAUGAUAACGUCGACGAUUUCGACAUGUACGAGAAGUUAGAAUGGAAGAUAUGCGAGCUGGAGACGGCUCUGUGCUGUGAAACGGAUCUAGCUGAAGACAUUGAUGGUGGAAAACGUCUUUCAGCGACAGCAACGAGGCCCAGGGAGCUGAUAGUCGAAUACGGUCCACGAGACUCGAUGGAAGCCCUGCCGGAGGCCUACCUGGAGUUAGAGGAUUAUAUGAAGGAAACGGUCAAUCACGCUCUGCAAUUUAUAAAUGAACACAGAUACGAUCCAACUGAGAUCUACGGCGAGGAUAUGUACGAAGAAUUCAAGAACAUACCGGACCCGACGAUCGAGCCGAAGAAUAUUUUUGUGGAUUUUUUAUACGUCCUCGAACAGUUGGGCCCCUACGCAGCCGAUAAGGCUGCAAUAUCAUUAUUGACUAAGUUAGAAAAGUUGAAAAUUAAAGUGCCCUACGAGAGGCAUUUUCUUCUCUUAUGUCUUUGUACGUCUGUGUUCGUGAAGAUCAGAUGUUUUGCUGAUUUAAUGUUCUCGAAGUGCGCGUCGGAUUGGGAGAAAAUAACAAUGUUUUCAACACCAAAAGUCCUGAGAUUGGUGGAAAUACUGGAAAAAUUUCAGCCUACGGACAACCAGAAUGUCUCGAAGACAACGAUCGGUAGUUCAAAAGCGAAUACCAAUAGGAACACAGAGGGAAAUGUUAAAUUAAAAGAGGAAACUUCAGACAGCUCAGAUACCGAUAGCAAAUUACAGACGGAUAGUAAAACAGAUGAAAAUAAUACUAAAAGUGAUGGUACCGUACCAAAAGAUGAAGCGAGUGAUGUAAAAAUAUCGAAGACGCGUGAACUAUUGAAUGAGAUUGACAAAUGUGAUUUUGUAACGCUUGGUAAUAGAAUUGAAGACAGAGUUAACACAUACGAAGCGAAUUUAAAGGAUUACGAAUACACAGAACAAGUGAGCGUAGACAAAGUGAAGUAUAAUGAAAAGCAAAGCGUUAAGUGUGAUGAUAGGAACCCGGUCGACGGGAAGAUCUACUUCGGGAAGCGCUUCGGGCACCGGUCGAGAGGACGCGGGAGGGCGUUGAGGAGCAACGCGGCGAAAUUGCUCCAGAUGCAGCAGAACCCGGACGCGUUGUGCGGUAUCGUGUUCAUGAAGGAGGCGUUGAUGGCGAAGAUUAUGUUUAUGAUGAUAGCGGACAUGUCCCGCAGUCGCCCGUCCCUGUCGCACCUGUGUGCGCAGUACUGUGCGGAGGAGGGACCCAACGGCAGUAAGAAACAGGAGGACGUGCUUAAGAAGUUCCGUAUGCACGAGUGCAACCUUCUACUGGCGACGUCUGUGCUGGAAGAGGGCAUCGACCUCCCGAGGUGCAACCUCGUGGUCAGAUGGGAUGUUCCGCCUUCCUACCGCUCGCACGGGCUGUGCCGCGGGCGCGCGCGCGCCAGUCGCUCGGCGGUGGCGCUGCUGGCGGCGCGCGCGGGCAGCGCGGCGCUGGCGCACAACCUCGCCGUCUACAAGGAGCUCGAUCAGCUAAUCACGAGGAAAUGUGGUUGUGGAAUACAAAACGAACCUUCGAUAGACGAAGACUAUCACGCCGAUACGAUAUCGACGGUCAUCAAAGCUUACACGCCGUUAGAACUAAAGCGAGACAAAAAUAAUGUUCCAAGUGACAGGAAGAUCGAGGAUCAGGCUGCGUUCGUUGAUCUGAAUACGGCCAUCGCUCUUAUUAAUCGUUAUUGUGGCAAGCUACCCUCGGAUACGUUUACGAGGCUGACGCCUCAAUGGUGGAUGGAGGAAGUCCAGCUGCCAGAUAGGCGUGGUGAUGUGAAGACUGCGUAUAUUUGCACACUGAGGAUGCCCCUGAAUUGUCCCAUCAAGUAUAAUAUUGUUGGUCAUCCGAUGCCCACCAGAGUCCUGGCGAGGCGUAUGGUCGCUUUACAAGCUUGUAGGAUUUUGCAUAAAUCCGGCGAAUUAGACGACCAGCUUAUGCCAAUAGGUAAAGAGAAUUUCAAGUCAGCGGAAUUUGAUAACAACGUUGUGAACGAGACGUCCGAUGCGAAUGACUGCGCCCGACCCGGCACGACGAAGCGUAGACAGUAUUAUUAUAAACGGACUGCGUGGGCGUUCACAGACUGCCAAGCGAUAAUAGACUGUACGGACUUGGAUAUAGAGAACAAUCCAACGUUAGAUGCUAAUACUAUUCAGAAUAUGAAGAAAGGCGGGCCGAGCGCCAACAUGCUGUACUGCAUCGUGUCGUCGCUGUGCUGCGCGCUGCCCGAGCGCUACAACACGCGCGGCCGCCGCCUGCACGCGCCGCAGCUGGCGCGCCAGGCCAUCGGCGUGCUCAUGGCGCGCCGGGACCCGCACCAGCUGCAGAUCCCCGCGUUCCCCGUGUACACGCGCUCGGGCGAGGUGCGCGUGUCGGUGGAGGCGGCGCUGGAGGCCGACGUGCGCCUCAGUCCGCGCCGGGCGCGCCUCAUACGCAGGUUCAUGCGGUUCGUGUUCUCGGACGUGCUGCGCGUGCGGCGGCGCGGCAUGAAGCUGCAGCCGGAGGGCUCCACGCACAACAACUACUACGUCGUGCCCACCGUCAAGAAAACAAGGAGCGACGGUACCACCUGGGUAGAUAUAGAUUGGCCGUUCCUCGAACUGAUAUACAAACAUACCGAGGAGAAGAAGAACUCGGAGUUAGAGAAGCCGAUGAUAUGGGAAGAGGGGGAGAAGAAGAAAACGAAAGAUGAUAAAGUGAAGAAUUUGGACAAUCCGCUGUUGAAACCCGGGGAGGUGUUCGUGUUUGAUGCGGAGCGGUACAAGGAGGCAGUCGUCACGCCCUGGUAUAGGAACCAGGAUCAACCGCAGUUCUUCCUCGUUGCGGAGAUAUGCUGGAAGCUAACUCCUGACUCAGCGUUUCCAUCGGACCAGCACACCAGUUUCAGAUCAUACUACAAGGCUAAAUAUGGAGCUGAACUCACGCAGAGCUGCCAACCUUUACUAGAUGUGGAUCACACCAGCGCCAGGUUGAACCUCUUGACGCCCAGAUACGUGAACCGCAAGGGCGUGGCGCUGCCGGUGUCGUCGGAGCGCACGCGGCGCGCCAAGCGCGACCGGCUGGACCAGAAGCAGAUCCUCGUGCCCGAGCUGUGCCGCGUGCACCCCUUCGCCGCGCCGCUCUGGUUCGCCACCGUCGCGCUGCCCUGCGUGCUCUACAGGAUAAACGCGCUGCUGAUAGCGGACGAGAUCCGCCGCUCGGUGGCGAUCGACGUCGGGCUGGGCAUCCCGCGCAUCGACGAGCGCACGUGCCCCGGCUUCCAGUGGCCGCCGCUGGACUUCGGCUGGAGCCUGGCUGAGGUCCUCAGCGCGGACUCCGAGAAGGGUGAGAAGAAGAAAGAAGACGAAGAAGCAAAGAUUGAUGACGAAGAUAAAGACUUGAAAACAAUCGAAGAUACGGAACCCGAGAAAGAGACAGACGACCAAGUAGAAGAAAAGGAAGGUGUUAAAGAAAAGACCAUUAAUGAUAUACUGCAAGAAAAAGAAGAUGCCGAGAGUUGUUUCGAGAUCGGGACUUGGAGCAACGACAUGGCAUCUUCGAUACCCCAGAGAUCGGAAUUCGACGAGUUCAUGGAACCGCUGCCCCCUAACCUCACGUUCUGCACAUCAUCGUCUGGUGGGGCGAAUUGGUCUGAUCCAAUAGAAAAACCGAAGAUCAGUCACUACAACCCGAGUCGGACCUUCUCAAUGGCAGACAGCGACUGCUCCUACUUGUCCAGCGAUUUCGACACAGACGACUCUGACUUGACCGACGGAAGCGAUGAAGACACAGAUACUAGUGGCUUCUGCAGCAGUAGAAAUUCAAACGCACUCCUGUCAGCGGCGAUGGGGGUGCGGAUAGAGUACAAGACGGCGCACGAGGCGGAGGCCGUCGACCUGGAGCGCCGGCGGCCGCUGGCGCCCGCGCCGCCGCCCGACCGGCGCGACGACCGCCGCGACCUCGCGCGGGCGCGCCGCGCGCUGCGGGCCGGCGCCGCCCCCCCGCAGUAUGUGAAAAAAUUCCGCGAGUCUGUUGCGAAGCAUGAGCAAGAAAUCAAAGAUAAUGGUCUUUUAAUAGACAAGGGCCAAAAGAUAAGAGAGCUCUUACCAGAAACGUCUAGAGAUAUCGAUAAAAAUUCAACACUAGCACACACAGAUAAACAAAGUAGUAUUGACGUUGAUGACGAGAACAAAUCUACUAAAGUCAAAAUAGAUGUUUUAGAUAGAAAAAAUGUACGUAACAAUAAGUUAGAUAAUUUUGACGAAAUUAUUGAAAUUUUAAACGAUAUUGAUUUAAAUGAAACAAGUAACAACAUAGAUAUAGUUACCGAAGACAAUUCUAAAGUUAUACUCGACGCACACAGCGUUGACGCAGACGAUGCAAUGAUAUUAAAAGCGAUAACGAAUAAAUCAAAAGAUAUAGACAGUGUCACGAAACAAAUGUAUUCAAAUUUAAAUAUAACUAAAGACAUAGGAUAUGACAAGAAUAUAAAUUCAAAUGCCAUCGAAAACGGAAAUGCAACAGAUGAAACAAAAUCGGAAACGAUCACAAUACUUGCUGAUGAUAUCUCAAAUGUGGAAACGAAUUCAUUGAACAAUGAUGAUAUAGAACGCAGAGAUGACGACGAAUUAAUAGAUAAGAUAAAAGAUAUAAAGGAUGAAACUGAAAUUGGUAAAAAUAACACAGAUAAAAUAUCUAGAAAGGAAAUUUUAGACGAGAUAUUUCCCUACGGUGAUGGAAUCGAGUUAGACAAGGGACAAGUAACACUAGAAUCGAUCGAGAGAAAUAAAAGAGUUCUAUUAGCGAAUUUAAAAAAUAGAUUAUCGAAGGACGAAAUUAAAAAAUUAAACUGUUUCUCUAUGAGAGACAUUAAUAUAGACUCGCCUGAUUACGUUAAUGAGAAAAUUGCAAAUGUCGGUUUCGAUUCUAAAGAGAAAUACGAGAGGAUCGUAAAUACGUGGUCGGAUAAAAAUGAUUAUAAGCCUUAUUACAUGGAUAGUAAAGGUCAAAAUGGCAAGGAGUUCGAUUUUGAUUAUCAGCCGAAUUUAGAGGGACACCCUGGGCCGAGUCCUAGUGUUAUCUUACAGGCUUUAACGAUGUCGAACGCGAACGACGGUAUCAACCUGGAGCGGCUCGAGACGAUCGGUGACAGUUUCCUGAAGUUCGCUAUAACAGCGUACUUGUACUGCGCGCAUCCGGCCGUGCACGAGGGGAAGCUAUCUCACAUGAGGAGUAAACAGGUGUCCAAUCUAAAUCUCUACAGACUCGGUCGCAACAAACGCCUCGGCGCUAGGAUGAUAGCAUCGAAGUUCGAACCCCAUGACAACUGGUUGCCGCCCUGCCACAAGCCACCACCGACACUACAGCCCACCAUAACGGGUGAUUCGAAGGCGUGUCACGUGGAAGCGCCGGUGGACAGCACGGGGUGCUUCAUACCGUAUAAUCUGAUCACACAACAUAGCAUACCAGAUAAAUCAAUAGCGGAUUGCGUCGAGGCCCUGAUAGGGGCGUACUUGUUGGAGUGCGGACCUCGAGGUGCCUUACUGUUCAUGUCCUGGUUGGGUAUACGGGUGCUGCCCCGACACGACUUACCGUUGGCUGACGACCAUCCAUAUGUGGUCAGAGCGAGGGAGAAAGAGGUUGACGACAAAUCGUCGCCGAAACGUCGGUCUUCAUGUUCGUCGUGGUCGGACGAUGAAGACAGUCCCGAGUCACGCUCGCCGGAGCCCGAGUGGGGGUGGGGCGGGCGACCCGUUGGAGCGCUGCGACCCUAUCGGACUGCCGACAACAAAUGGCUUCAGCCAAUAUUCGGUGAGCUGAAGGCACCUCCCUCCCCCCUGUUGCGGUACAUCGAAGACCCUGAAGGAGAAUUGGAACAGAUGCUUUCAGGUUACGACGCACUGGAGAGGACGUUACAGUACCGUUUCCGGGAUCGAUCCCUCCUACUCCAAGCUCUAACGCACGCGUCCCACCAGCGGAACCGGCUCACGGACUGCUAUCAGAGAUUGGAGUUCCUCGGAGACGCUAUACUUGACUACCUGAUCACGCGGCACCUGUUCGAGGACCCGCGCCGGCACUCCCCGGGCGCGCUGACCGACCUGCGCUCGGCGCUCGUCAACAACACCAUCUUCGCCACGCUGGCCGCCCGACACGGGUUCCACAAGUACUUCAGACAUAUGUCGCCUGGUUUGAACGAAGUCCUCACGAAGUAUGUCAAGAUACAGGAGGAGAAUGGUCACUCGAUCAGCGAGGAGCAUUAUCUGAUACAAGAAGACGAAAUGGAACAAGCUGAAGAUGUCGAGGUCCCGAAGGCGCUCGGCGACUUGUUCGAGUCCGUCGCCGGCGCCAUAUUCUUAGACUCUGGGCUGUCGCUGAGCGCGGUGUGGCGCUCGGCGGGCGCGCUGCUGGGCGCGGAGCUGGACGCGUUCAGCGCGGCGGCGCCCAAGUCGCCCGUGCGCGAGCUGCUGGAGGCCGAGCCCGACACCGCCAAGUUCGGUAAACCGGAGCGCCUCGCGGACGGGCGGCGCGUGCGCGUGUGCGUGGAGGUGUUCGGUCGGGGGGCCUUCAAGGGCAUCGGCAGGAACUACCGGAUCGCGAAGGGGACCGCCGCCCGGUGCGCGCUCCGCCAUCUGCGGAACCACAGGCCGCGGUGAGGCGGGAGGCGCAUGUGUAUGGAGCCGUGUUCGUGCUGCAUCGAUUCUUAGAAGUAUUUUGUUAGGGGAGAUGGGGGGUGGAUUCGAUGCCUUGGCUGGUCUAUGGAUCCCACCCUACUCUAUAGCUGGCUGCCAUAGACCGAUUCUCGGUGCGAUAUAACGACAUUACAAGGAAUAACGAUAGCAGUAAGUUUAUUCAGAAAACAUUUAUUAAUACAAAGUUAAAACUAAAAAUUCAAUGUAUACUAAUAU